AUGAUGAUCGCCAACAAUAACCCUGCCUUUGGUUAUGGCCCGAUCAAUUUCAAAAAUAAUAUCCCAUCAAUCAAUAAUUUCUGUGACCUUGGCUCUGGCUUUGGCAAUGUCGAUCAAGAUUAUGAAUUGGGGAGAAAAAGGAAGUUGAAUCAACUUCCAGAAUUAAUACCGAAGAGGAGGAAGAUCCGUAAUGAAAUGAAAUUGGUUUGUGGGUCGUCCUAUUUCCCCAAAUACAACCCAGAAAAGCCCCUCGGCGAAGACGCGCACUUCGUCUCCCAUGACGCCCAGACUGUCGGCGUGGCGGACGGCGUCAGUAGCUGGGCCAGGAAAGGCAUCGACGCCGGCGAGUACGCAAGGGGACUCAUGAACCAAGCCAAACAAGCAGCCACUAAUAUGUCCGCCGUCGGAGCCGCCGCCGUGGAUGCGGGAAAGGUGCUGAGAGAAGCCUACGUGAACAACUUCGGAAUACAAGGCUCGUCGACGGCUUGCAUCCUCAGCCUUGACAAAGAGCGUGGGACCCUCCACGCCGUGAAUGUCGGAGACAGCGGCUUCAUGGUGUUCAGGGACGCCAAGUGUAUGCUCAAAUCUCCAACCCAGCAGCGGAGGUUUAAUUGCCCCUUCCAGUUGGGGAAUCACGUCGGCAGCGACCGACCCCAGGUGGCUCUGGAGUUUGCGGUGGAGGAAUUGGCGCCGGGGGACAUUAUAGUACUUGGAACAGAUGGGUUGCUGGACAACAUGUUUGCGAGUGAGAUUGAGGAGGUUCUGGUGGCUUUUAAUAAAGUAAGCGGUGGUCGGGAUAUUGAUUGUGCGGAGGUAGCUUCCACCAUAGCCACCCUGGCUCUGUAUAAUUCCUUGGACAAGGACAACAUUAGCCCUUUUCAGAUGGAGGCUCAAAAGGCCGGAUUGGAGCACGCCGGAGGCAAGAUCGACGACAUCACUGUUGUGGUGGCCCAUGUGGUGAAAUCUACUACCUCCAUCGAUUAG